UUUCAGACUACACGAACAGCGCACGCGACAGUCAUGUACGCCAAGUUAUUUAUGUUAUACUGCGCGUGCGCCGUGGCGGCUGCGGCGCCGGGCAUCUACGACUACGGCUACGCGGCACCGGCGCUCACGCACUCUUACGCUGCCCCGGCGCUCACGCACUCUUACGCUGCCCCUGUCGCUGUCGCCGCCCCAGUCAUUAAGACGGUUGCUGCUCCAGUCGUACAAGCUGAACCAAUUGAUCCGAACCCCGCGUACAGCUAUGCUUACGGUGUAGCCGAUCCCCACACCGGCGAUCACAAGGACGCCCAAGAGACGUUACAGAACGGUGUGGUCCACGGAUCUUACAGCCUGGUCGAGCCAGACGGCCACCUCAGAAAAGUUACCUACACGGCCGACAAAGUCAACGGUUUCAAUGCUGUGGUUGAGAGGACUGGUGGCACACACGCCGCGCCAGUCGCGAUAGCCGCCCCGGCCCACGUCGCCGUUGCCGCUCCCGUGGCCAAAUACACGCUGCCCGCAAUCGGCCACCCCUGGCGCUAGUCACUAAUUUAACUAUACGCAACUUGUAGUAUCGCUGAUGGAAAAAACGGUUUGGAUAACGACGACUUACUAAGCUUAAGAUUAGCUAGUUGAGUUAGCACAAUAAUUGUUAACAUCCUCUGGCAAUAAACUUUUGUAUUAUGAGGCGAGCUGAUAGGAUUGGUCAGGAACAUUAAAGAGCGAAGGCUUAUACAAAGCGUUGUUCUAUGUAUUUUGUUUAUAAUGUUAUGUAUAGAUUGAGUCUAGUACAAGUUUUAUCAGCUUAUAAAAGUCGAUAUGGAAUAGAUUUUAGAAUGUAUUAGUUUCUGUAACCGUUUUCUGCUGUGUAGAAUAGGUUUGGAAAGAUGUUUGGAUUAUUUUGGAUUUUUAAUGGAAGCGAUGUGUUCAUCGAAGGAGGAAUAUGGAUCAUUGUGUUAGAUGAAAGGUGUUUGUCCAAUCAGCGAUGCGACAAGGUCGAUGACCUCGCCCGAGAGCCGAAUGAAAUUGUCCUAUUUUUUAUUUAUUUAGUUCUGCUUUGACUGUUGCUAUGGACUUGAUCUUGACGCGUUGUAUUACUUACAUGUAAAUAUAAUGUGUACUUAGUUUUUAAAUAAAAUGCCAUUUUACGGUAA